GCCUCCUCGACGGAGGCCGCUUGACAGGGAAGUCCCGACUGGCCAACUCGGCAGCAGCUGCGGCGCGGCGCGGCGCGGGCGCCCUCAGUCACGAGCUACGUCGGCUGGUGGGUGGUGCGGGAAGCCGACGUGUGGCCGAGAAUUGUGCCGUGGAGCUGCGCUGUGCUGUGAAGGUGGAGCUGGGUGUUUUGUCGUCUGAGAGACGCUGUUGAAUUGAAGAAGUGUGCCAGCCGCUCAGCCAGUGUACUGAGAGCCGAGGGGUCUUGAAUGGUGAAAUUGCAUAUGAUUGGAGCUGAAGUGCCCGCGAUGAGAGCCCGCCAGGAGACGCCGUCGCCGCCGCAGCAGCAGCCGGCCAUGGCGCCGGCGCCGCUGCCGGUCAUUUCGUUCGACGUGCACGCCUUUCUGGGCGACGACCCGCCGGUGGACCAGCUGCUGCAGAGCCUGCUGGACUCGCCGCGGGCCUCUGUGCCGGCCGCGCUGCCGCCGCCGGCGCCGGCCGCCGCCGCCGGCUGCUCGGCCGUCACCACCGUGGGCGCCCAGGGCCGGCCGUCGGCCGCUGAACGGGCGCUGCUGGCGCGCGUGCGCCGCGUCCUAGAGGACGUCAAGGUGCCGGCCGGCGUGCCGCCCACGGCCGCCCGCAUGGUGCUCGUCCACUACAUGGAGGCACAGCGGCGCAGCACCGUGGACGGAAACAUACUGCUCCACAAGCUGGCCAAGAAGAACAACGCCGCCCAGUUGGCGCGCUACGCCGACCUCAUGAAGAAGCUCCAGCAUAAGACACAUGUGAACACCAAGAACCGACACGGAGAGACCCCUCUGCACGUGGUGACCGGCGCCGAGUGCGCGCGCAUCCUGCUGGAGCGGGGCGCACAACUGGACGCCGUCGACAAGCUGGGCAACACGCCCAUUCACCUGGCGGCCCGAUACCAGCGCGUCGAGGUGCUGGCCGCCCUGCUCGACUGGGGCCCAGACUACAGCCUGCUCGACAAGAAAAACCUGGAAGGCUACACGGCUCUUCACCUGGUGGUGAUCCAUCAGCCGGUGGCUGACCCGCACCGCCGCGCCCUUCAACUUCUCAUCGAGAACAGCGUCGAUGUCAACGUGGCGGACGACACUGGCGGCCGCUCGGCUCUGUUCCACGCCGUUCUCCGCGGAGAUGAGCUCUCCGUCCGUGAGCUGGUGGAGAAUAACGCCGCCGUCAACAUGGCCGACUUCUCCGAGACCACGCCGCUGCAGGCUGCCGAGGACGUCCUUCCCGCAAACAACAACCACAUCUGCAGCAUCCUGCUGGAGCGGGGAGGCUUCAAGGUGCCGCCCGCUGACCGGGUGACCCAGACCGGUCGUCGCUCCGGCUCCCGCAGAGGGCGCUCCUAAAGCCCGACAGAUACACACGCGGCCGGGACGGGUACGCCCGGCGGCUGCACUGGAAGCUGGGGUGUGGAGAGAGAGUAUGGGAGGGUUGCUGGAGACAAGGUGUGUAUUUGUGUGUGGAGAAAGUGAGAGGAGAGGCUCGGUCUAUCCGCCUGGUCUGAGGCUGAGUCGACGCCACGGUGUGGAUCGAUUAGUGUUGGGAUGGAAAGCUCUUUGGAAGGCAUCAGUAGCACUGUUUGUAGUUGGUAAGCACUACAUUCGGUGAUCAUUUAUGUCGGUGACGAUGACCCUCGCUGUGGCGCCGGGUAGGCGCCGGGACGGCGGUGGGAGUCCGUUUCGUGUGCGCUAUGUCUCUGUGUUUCGUUUGCGGCCAUACCAGCGCAGAGACGGCGGUAAGGUCCAGCUCCCCUUAUGUAUUGAGUAUGCGACAGAGUAGACUGUCGUCAGUGUCGAGUCGCUGCCCGCUCCGAUCGAGGGGAGUGUAGGGGUCAGCUGCCUACAGGCACUGCAUUGUGCAUUUCAGAACGGACGUAAAUGCACCGAUGUGAGCGGGAGAACAGUAGGCCUGUGACGACUGUGAGUGUAUGAUGUGACUUCAUUGCUGCCUGAGCGCGCACCCAACACUGGUCCAAAGUGAAUGACUUCAUUAAUGAAAACGGUGAGGCUUAUUCGAUAUGUUGAACUUUGAACCUAUUUUUGGCUUAUGUUUCGUUCUAAUCAGUCAUUUGUUGUUAAACUGAUUUUGUGCACCGUUCAUCAUUACGGAUUUUACUGCACCUUUCGUUGGUCUUGCUACCGUCUUGAACAGGUUGCCAAGUAGGUUCUAGAACGUUGCUGAACUAUUUUAUUGUGUAAUUUCGCUCCAUUAGCGUUCCUGCAUAUGAGACAGGGUCACGUGUGCCCUGACUGCUUUUUGCCAUGCUAUGCGCAAUAACGUACCCUGCCUUUAUUCUUACUACAUCGCUACCAGCUUCAGCACUGCAGUUAUGUAUCCACUUCAUGUAUGUCUGUCUCUCCCGCGACUGUUUGGAUGUUCGCUGUUUUACGUGUGCGAGCUGCUUCCUUUGAUGUAACAGAAAUGCUGGCGAUCGAUGAGGCUUGUAAGGUGGACGUUCAGAUGGUAUUUUUAUAGCUAUAUAAGCUCGAACGUAGUAAGGCAGGCGAGGGACAGCGUCUUGAAGCCAGCGACGAGGUUUGGUGUUGUGCCGGAUGGGACGAAGGGUAACUGCUGGUGCUAUGAUACGGAGACAGCCCCGUGAGGCGGACAUACCGUUUACGACGCACCUGUGUCAUCCGUGGCGCGUCUCUGUUGCUAUCUUACCGUGACGUUCGGCUGGCUGGAUGGGUGGUGCGAGUACAAAUGCCAGGCUCUGUAGUCGGUAAGCAGAAUUAGCGCACGCCCACGCCUCAGCGGCUGGUAUGUAGUCGUUGGUAGACCAUACUGUACCCCGGCGGAUAGCUUCGGGAGGUAAAAAGACUCGCUGGCGAGAAGUCGGCUGAGCGUGGCCAAGGGUCGGCGUUAGGCGAAAGCUGUUCGUAUGUGUGCUGCAUGGAAUCGACUCUAUGUGCUGGUGGGCAAACGCCAUGCUUGUAGAAAAAGCAGGCUGUAAUCGACCUGGAUGGAUUACCAACGAGUUGUUGAAGGUCGUUCGUCAUGGGAAGCACCUCAGUGUUCAAUUUUUGGCUAUCGAAAUGUCAUGAGCUUUGCUGGUAACCUAAAGCUUCUACUUAUGCUGUAUCAAAUAUAGGCACCUAUGCUAUUA